UAGUGGGUUUCCAAGCAGUUCGUGUGACUAAUGCCUGUCAUAUGACUCUGCCACAAAUGGAGUUCGUUUCAAGGAACUAGGGCUGCACUUGGAUUUGGAAGAAAGCGAGACUUUCUAAAAUGCCUCCAACUCUUUUUCAGAAACUUUUUAAUAAAAGAAAUUCAUUUUCGCCGCCCCCAAGAUGCAACAAAGAGGACCCCGCGUUCAGCUGGUCAUCCCCACAGCUGGACCCUAGCCAGAUCAGAUUGAUACUGUACCAAGACUGUGAGCGACGGGGGAGAAAUGUCCUCUUCGACUCCAGUUCCAAAAAGAGGAGCGCAGAGGAAGCCCCUGCCUCGAAGAUGUGCAGUAGCGCUGCCCAGGUGAAGAUGUAUGGGAAGUGCUGCCAGCUGAGGCCUACAGGGGGCAGCUCCAACUCUCUGGACAGUUCCUGUGCCGCCGAGGCCCGGGAACCCAGGGAACAAGGGCUGCGCUUCCAGGGGUUGCGGUGUUCCUCUGACGCCAACAUGUUGGGGGAGAUGAUGUUUGGCUCGGUGGCCAUGAGCUACAAGGGCUCCACACUCAAGAUCCACCAGAUACGGUCACCCCCUCAGCUGAUGCUGAGUAAAGUGUUUACAGCCCGAACAGGGAGUAGUGUCUAUGGCAGCCUUAACACACUGCAGGACAGCCUGGAGUUCAUGGGUCAGGACCCCAAUUCUUUGAGGCCGGAUCAGAACACUGUGACCAACGGCCUCCUGGGGAACAUAGGUUUCUCUCAGCUCUGCAGCCCGCGCCGGGCCUUCUCUGAGCAGGGCCCUCUGCGCCUCAUCAAGAGUGCCUCUUUCUUUUCAGGCCAUAGUAACCCCAUGGACAUGCCGGGCAGAAGCCUGUACGACGAGAGAGACAGCGGCAUCGCCAGAUCAGCGUCUCUGAGCAGUCUGUUGAUUACUCCGUUCCCCUCCCCGGGCUCCUCCCUCACCAGCAGCCAGGCCAGUAGCUACCAGAGACGCUGGCUCCGCAGCCAGACCACCAGUCUGGAGAACGGGGUCUUCCCAAGAUGGUCUGUGGAAGAAAGCUUCAACAUGUCGGACGAGAGCGGAGGUCCCAGCCUGGGCGUGGCCAGGAAGAAGAAGAUAGCCAUCGGUGUCAUCUUCCUCCUCUCCCAGGACGAAGAGGAGAACAUCAAGUUCCAGGACUUCUUCUUCUCCCACUUCCCCCUCUUCGAGAGCCACAUGAACAAACUAAAAAGUGCCAUUGAACAGGCCAUGAAAAUGAGCCGGCGAUCGGUUGAUUCCAGUCAGAGGGCUCUGGCCUAUAGCCGCAUGGUGGAUGGCCUCAAUGAAUUCAGGACGACCAUCGUCAACCUUUACACCAUGCCCCGCGUGGCCGAGCCCGUUUGGCUCACCAUGAUGUCUGGAGCCCCCGAGAAGAACCAGCUCUGUGGACAUUUCAUGAGGGAGCUUGCCCUACUCAUGGAGCAGGCCUCAAAGAACCAGUUCCUCCCUGCCCUCCUCACAGCCAUCCUCACCAACCACCUGGCCUGGGUGCCCACUGUCAUGCCCAACGGACAGCCGCCUAUCAAGAUCUUCCUGGAGAAACACUCUUCUCAGAGCGUGGAUAGGCUGGCCAAGAGCCACCCCUACAACCCACUGUGGGCCCAGCUCGGUGACUUGUACGGGGCCAUCGGCUCCCCGGUGCGUCUGUCCAGGACGGUAGUGGUGGGGCGGAGACGGGAGCUAGUCCAGCGACUCCUCUAUGUGCUCACCUACUUCAUCCGCUGCUCUGAGUUGCUGGAGACCCACAUGCUGGACAGCACUGAGGACGAGGCCAUCGUCAUCCCAGGCUCUCUCAUCACCACCUCGCUGCAGCGUGGGGAGGUGGAGGAGUCAGAUUAUGUGCUGGUCACCGUGCACAAGCCCAGCGGAGACUACCUCAGCCAGGGUUCCGAGCCCCAAGAGGACAGCAGCUACCCCUCACACAGCAACAACAGCUUGCAGUGCAGCACCUACACUGAGGCUGGCCCUAAGGAGGGGGACAGUAGUAACAACAGUCAGGGUUCCAAGAGCAGUGUCCUGCAGGCCCAGGCCCACUCCAGCCACAACACUAACGCUGUGCCCAUCAUCCACAUGGAGGAUGUUAGUGAGCCGCUCAAGGAGUCACUCAAGGAGUCACCAACCGCCUGUCUGGAGGCCAAGCUGGAAACAGUGGUGCGUGUGGGCUCCGCCUCCCCCAGGGAGACAGUGGUGCGUGUGGGCUCCGCCUCCCCCAGGGAGACAGUGGUGCGUGUGGGCUCCGCCUCCCCCAGGGAGCAGGUCUGUGUGCUGCUGGAGACGAAGCCUGAGACCGAGUUAGAGGUCAAGGCCAGCGAGAAGGAGGGGAUGGGGAGUCUGCCCAUCAAGGUGUUCCGCUCUUCUGGGAUACCACUGGAGAAGAAGCCCCCUGACAAGACCGUACCUGUACCUGUACCCGGCCCCUUUCUGUCAAAACACCAGGAGGAGCCUGCCACUAAAGUGCUGUUUCUCAUCGGCGACCCCCAGUCUCCGGGAUCAGACACAGAGAGCAGGAGGAGGAAGCUUGAGGACAUUAAGAAGCACAAGAAAUGCAUCAAAGAGAAACAGAGGCCGCAUCCGCAACUACAACAACAGCAACCGCAACAACAACCACAACAACCGCAACAGCAACCGCAACAACAACUACGACAGCAGCAACCGCUACUACAAAAACAACAGCAACAGCAACAGCAACCGCAACCGCAGCAACCGCAACCGCAGCCACCGCAACCGCAGCAACCGCAGCAACCGCAGCAACCGCAACCGCAGCAACCGCAACCGCCGCAACCGCAACUGCCGCAACCGCAACUACAGCAACAGCAACUACAGCAACCGCAACUACAACAGAAACCCCUACAACAACAGCAGCAGAGUGGGUGCGGUGACGGCGGCGAUCAGAGGGUGAAGUCUACUACCAGCACAUCACCCGACCAAACCAAGACCAACGCUGGCGGAAAGAAGACUCUGAUGCGUGUCUUCAGCAAGAUGCCCCAGUGGAACCCUGUCAGCGAGGAGGAGUGCUCGGAGCUGUUCGACGAGUACUUCAGUGAUGACAACCCUGUAGAGACCAGGACUAUAGACGAUGUGGCGAAAUGCCUGGACUUGUCAAACGGCACGGACAAAACCCAGAAAGAGCUUCUGGACCCUUCGGGAGUCGAGAAUAGCAGUUGCUGUAAGGGACAGGGGGAUCAGGGACAGAAGGGAACAGGGCAGUUGGGUGUGGGACGGGGGGUGUUUGGUGGGAUGAGGCUGACGUCCAGACCCGGUGUGUUGGGGGGGAGGCUGACGUCCAGACCAGGUGUGGGGCGGGAGGCUGACGUCCAGGCCAGGUGUGGGGGGGAGGCUGACGUCCAGGCCAGGUGUGGGGGGGAGGCUGACGUCCAAAGCCAGGCCAGGUGUGGGGGGGAGGCUGACGUCCAGGCCAGGUGUAGGUGUGGCUCUACAGACACAUCGGAGGCACGCUCCUGUAGAAGUUGUUCUGCUGAGCAGAACAUGUGCAUCCUGAUUUCAGUAACCGUCCCCAAAAUGGCCCAACAAAAGAAGGGGGCCCCGCUUAAUGACUGUGAGAUCCCCCGGAACGAGAGUUCGGACAGUGCGCUUGGGGACAGCGAGAGCGAAGACGCAGGGCAGGACAUCCACAGGCAGAGUGACAGCGACACCUACUACAGAGAUGAUCAGGAGCCAGAUGAGUGGCAGGAAGAGGUGGAGGUCCCCUUCCCUGGGUCAAAGUUGGUGGAGCAUUUCUCCAAACCGAGCAUUGCCAACUUUGGGAGGUCACUGUUCGGAGGGUACUGCACAACCUAUGUGCCGGACUUUGUUCUGCAGGGGAUGCCCAACGAUGACAAACUAAGGCAGGGCCUCAUGUCAGAAUUAGCCCAUGCUGUACAGCAUCCAGUGUUGGAUGAGCCCAUUGCAGAGGCGGUCUGCAUUAUCGCAGACACUGAUAAGUGGACGGUGCAGGUAGCCAGCAGCCAGAGACGAGCCACGGACAACAACAAACUGGGGAAGGAGGUCCUGGUGUCCAGCCUCGUGUCCAGCCUGCUCCAGUCCACCCACCUGCUUUACAAGAUGAACCUCUCCCCCAACUUUUGCAUAAUGCACCUUGAGGACAGACUCCAGGAGGUCUACUUCAAGAGUAAAAUGCUGGCAGAGUACCUGAAGGGACAGACUAGGGUGCACGUCAAGGAGCUGGGGAUGGUCCUGGGUAUUGAGUCCAGUGACCUCCCCCUGCUGGCAGCGGUGGCAAGCACUCACUCUCCCUACGUGGCCCAAAUACUGCUAUAAUAGAUGGAACCAAAGCCAGAGGUGGCGGGUGACUGUGGACUGGAGCAGCCGGAUACUGUGCUUCACCCUGGCCCAACACGUCGGCUUGACCCUGUUCACUGACGCCCUGCUGAUGCUCUGAGAGGGCCGGUGCAGUGCAGUCUCCUGGACAAGGUGGGCAUACCAAAUUGCAUACUAUUCAAAAGYUGUACACUAUGUAGGGAAUAGGGUAUCAUUUGAGAUGCAGAAGGGCCUCUUGGAUGGAUCCGAGRCCUCAGCUACUGCUGCUGCCACUGGGCAUACAGACAUACUGCCACAAGGGGACAGCCGAGUCCAUGGUCUCCUCUGAUAGUAAGAGAUGAAGCUCUGUUGGCCCACUCCAGGCCAGAGAGGCAUGCUGCUGCUGUGGCCAGUUCUCUUAUUUUUCAAUGUUUUCCCCCCUCCUCUGCAUCAACAUUAUUUUAACCUGGUUAAAGGACAAGAAAGCCAAAUCAUUUUCCUGUUGAGUAUAAAUAAUAAUCAAGACAUCAAUUAUAAAAUAUAUACUUUUUAUAUCUACUACUUUCCUGUACAAUCUUUUACCCGUUUAACCAGGAAGCACAGGUGAUAGAUAGGAUGAGUUUUUUUGUUACUUGUAGUGAAUAUGAUCAAAUUCACUUUAUUUCAAUUAUGUUUCUGUGUUCUUCAUGUAUUUGUUUACAAGUGUACUUKACCUGAAAUGUCUCCCUCAAUGGUCCAUAAUUCAUUGGAUUUCAUUUGAAAAUGAACUACACUAAUUAUAUAAACAUAGGCCUGGAAGUCGUAUCUGGGUAAUUUAUACACAUUCAUUGUAAUUCUUAACUGCAGUGUAGCUUUAACAUUCUUGAUCACAGGUACAGCACUACCUCAGAUAUUUUGUGGGCGAUCGACGCUACACGCUUUUUAUAGUUGCCGACUAGAUAAGCCUGAGAAUUAUUUGUAUUUUUAAAUCAGUGUAAUGUUCAAAUAAAACUGCCAACCCAAUGCUGAACUCUUGAAAAAGGGAUGUUAAUAAUUACAUAUUUGAAAAUGGGGAAAACCUUUGUAAUUAUUUUUGGAAUACAACGAGCUCAUUUCCACUGYGGUAUGUGGGGAAAAAUAAACAAACGAUCUACAUAUAUUUUCAAACUGAAAUAUUUUCACAAGUUUAAAACAUUUUCAUCGCUUUGACACCAUCAUACCAUGUUUACGGCUGUAUUGCAUGCUACGAAGGGAGAGUUUGUGGAAUAUCUGUUAGCAAUACGUGUAUCAGUUCCUUAAACUAUUCUCAAUGUUUAUGGCAAAACCAAUAAUAAAUAAAAAAUUGCUGCAUUGAUUUUACAAAAGCAAGACGCAAAACCACAAAUCUAAACCACAGAUUUGUUUKAAUUUUUUGUAUAAAUAUUUUUACCAACCAUGAAAUUCAUGUUGCAUUUCAUUUGGAAGUACUUUGUCUGGAGAGUGUGCCAUGCUAUGGAGUCUUAAUGGACAUGUGGCAUGAAUGGAUCAGGGGCUUCUGAAGAAUUUAUUUUGCUGGUUGAAAUUAUUUUUACAUGCUUAUGUAAGAUGCUAGGUUCUUCAGGAUAUGUUCUUAUUGCAUUUUGUAAAGCUCCUGAUUAUUUCUAUGAGGUAUGUUUACUUUUCUCUUCAUAUAUGAAUAAAUGAUUUAGUAUGGUGUGUAACAGUUAAUGUAAAUUGUACAUAUUCAGUUUAUUUCCAUUUAUUUGUCUUUGAAUAUGAAUUGUUUCUAAAAUKAUCCUUUCCCAAUUUUAAGGGAAUGUUGUGCAAUAAAGAUGCCAAUGUUGUAGAUGCAA